ACUGGUAAUACAUCCACCGCCACAUUAACGGUUGGUUAGUCGCUCUGGAAAGCCCUGCGUAGACAGAGUCAUUAAAAGAUCAAUUUGCCGACAAUUUCAAAUUCAUCAAGCAGUAACGCUUAUGUGCAGACUGCAGAAUAAUUUUCAUUGAGCUUGACAAGUCUGUUGUCUGUUCGAAACGGGAUUUGUUAAACGUAUAUUCAACGCGUAAAACCACAAUAAUGCGACUGAUGUUGUGUGCCUUGUUAGCGGCAGUCCUGUUGAUACUCCCGCAUCCGAUGGCAUCCCUUCCUUUGUCGCGACAAGUGCGCGAUGUUGUGGACACGGUGAAAAACGUGUACCAGACGGUGGCGAAGGGGACGAAGGCCGUCUUCCACGACAUGAUCGGCAACAGUCACGUGGCGGCCGAGAGCUACCGGCAGGCGGCCGACGCCAGCCAGCGCGUGGCGCCCUCCUUCCAGGACAUCUUUGUCAACCAGCACAAGACCCCCAUCCCCGUCCUGCCGCCCACUCAGCCGACGCCCGCCUGGGAAGCCCACUAGCGCGCUUCGACACUGUACUGCAAUGUACUUCCUGUACUGCUUGACAUAGAAUAUACUGUCUAAUCUUUUGGAAUCAAGCUGCCUACAAAAAAUUUAGUUGUGGUGAAACUUUACUAUAUUGUAUGUAUUCCGCCGUUUUAUUGCAAUCCGAUCGUGUUGUAUUAUCCCUACAUUAUAGUCCCUUCAGUUGCCUUAUUGUACCGCCUUACUGCAGUUGCUUUAUCGGUACACAAAAUUUCGGAAGAGAUAUCAGUAAAGGUAUAAUAUUA